AUGAAAUCUUCAAUUAUUAAUCAAUGCUUGAUUUUUGUUAAAAAAGGUCGUCGAUUAUCAAAUAAUAUUUUAAAAUCAUUUGAAUGUAUUCGAACUUAUCAAUGGAAUAAAACAAUUCUCAAUAUUAUGGAACGGUCAAUUGAAAACGAUCAAAAAAUAUCAUCGAAAUCGACAAAUUUAUAUAAUUGUUUAUUAAAACAAGAUGAUUUAGAUAAAACUCACAAGAUAAUUCAUAUUCAGUUCUUUCUCAAAGAUGUUCAGAAUGGUCAACAAUUAUCGAAAACAAUAACUGAUCAUUUAACAAAUAAUCUCAAAGUUAAUGAUCAAACAAAUAUUGAGCAUACGAUUAAAAUAUUUCAUAAUUUAGUUGUUAAUACUGGAAGAUUAGAUAAUGAAAUACUUGAAUAUUUUUAG